CUGGACGACUUGAAUUCAGGCACGGCGCUGCUAUCUAAUAGCACACCAUGUCUUCUCGGCGCAACAGCCUCUCUCCCCCUGAGCGGCGAGGCACACUGGAUCCCGGGGCCCAUGAAUUAACAGAGGCAUCCGACUCUGAGGAGCACUACUCCGACGCCCAGUCCAAGCCGGUGUCACCCACCGCGGCGUCGCCCAUCCCGCGCACCAGAGUCGAGAGGGUCGACGACAAGCCCGCUUACGGGGAAGUCCCCGGCACGGAUGCUUAUCGCAAGAGGGAGGGGGAUGCCGCGCCGGAUGAGAUAGCCAUCAUUCCCGACUCGAGAAAUCCAUCAGAACCCGAGCCUGAGCAACCGGCACGGUCACCUACCCCGGGCGGGCAGCCCAUUCCCAAGACAGUGGUCGAGGAGACACCGGAUACGGAGGGCUCUGUGACGCACCCGGAGAACAGGCAAAGGCGCAAGUCGGAUGCGCACCCCGACCUGGUAGUAAAGGCCAAUGGGCAGAAGGUGGAAGCUGGUGGAGCAGCAAAUGAUACUCUAAUGGCAUCGUCUCUAAGUACUCCCACCACACCAGCACGCGAGUCUUCCGCUGUUUUGGAUUACUCUCUGCUAAGCCCUGGCGAGCCAGGGCCUGAUAGUGCUGUCUCUGCUGGCAAAGAAGAAGAGGACGGCGAUUUUGGGGACGACUUUGAUGAGUUUGAAGCGGGCGGAGACGAAGACGACUUCGACGACUUUGAGGGUGGCUUUCAACAAGCAGAACAAACCCCUGCUCCCCAACCACAACCACCACCAUUUUCCGCCACAGCCUCGCAACCUCUCUCCUUCCCCAUUCCCACAUUCGACGACCUCGCCCCUUCCGAAAUCCACUCCCUCACCGAGCCCUACCUCAACGCCCUCUUCCCGCCCCCGGACUCCUUUCCGCGCUUACCCACCCCCUCGGCAAAGGAGAACCCUAUCUUCCUCACCCCACGCCCCGCCUCCCUCUGGUCCCAACUCGUCGCCCCUCCACCGCUCCAACCCCCAGACUGGAUCCGCUCGCGCAUCCGGCGCCUCUUUCUCGUCUCGCUCGGCGUGCCCGUCGACCUGGACGAGAUUCUGCCCGCCUCAUCCAAACAGAAGAAACUCGUGCUCCCCUCGGUGCACCGGACGACCUCGUCCGGCUCGCUCGCGGCAAGGUCAACAUCAUCAGCAGCAGCGCACAGCGGGGACGGGGAGAAGGCCGCCGCGGGGCGGGAUUCGGGCUCCCAAGCGGGCGACGCAACAGCCACAACAAAGUCGUCUUCAUCAGCCAGAGGGAAAAAGACAGAGGCGGCCGGCGAAGCAGCAGGAGGCAGGGGAGGCAGCAGUCCCGAGCGGAGCUUCGACCUCGUGUCAGCACGGCAGUCCUGCGCGGUCACCGAUGCGGCGCUGAACGGCAUGACCGACGACGAGUUGCAGGCGCACGUGGCGCGGCUGGAGGCGAUGCUGGGAACGGCGCAGGGCGUUCUGAGCUACUGGCAGAUGAGGACGGACGAAAAGAUUGGGGAUCGCGAGGCGUUUGAAGGUGUGAUUGAGAAUCUGGUCAAGCACGCGCGGAAGGUGAGAAAGUGAAAGGCAGACUGGAUAAAGGAGGAACACACGGUAUUAGAGAAGGGGUAGUUCGAAGGAGUGUAGAGACCUGAAGGUUCCGGAUUACAGCCAUUCUGAGUGCCAUAUCAUCCUGAUGGCUAGAUGGAGGCAGCGGACAAGAAGGCAGACAACGCUGUAUCUGGCUGCAUAAUAAUGUUCUAAC